UCAACAUUGCCCCGCGACUAUCACCACGAGGACCGACCUCUGACUCGAGCCGCGGUUUGUGGACACUUUACUCGCUCAGCAACAUGAAGGUUGUCGGAUCUACCUGCGCCCUGAAGAGCAAGGUGAGCGGCGAGGACGUGGUGCGCUGCCUGUCCGAGCAGAGCCUGAGCAUCUCCAAGUGCAAGAUCCCGCUGCUGGACGAGCAGAUGAGCGCCUUCCUGCACGACAUGAACAGCUGCUACAGCAAGCUCAAGGAGCUGGUGCCCACGCUGCCCACCAACAAGAAAGCCAGCAAGGUGGAGAUCCUGCAGCACGUCAUCGACUACAUCUGGGACCUGCAGGUGGAGCUGGACGCGCCGGAGAAGAGCCGUCCCAUCAGCGUGCAGCGGACGCCGCUGACCGCUCUGAACGCCGAGUUGGCCGGCAUCACCGUGGAGAACGGAUGCUCGGACGACAGGAUCAUGUGUCGCUAAGGCUCCGGCAGCGUCUCCAUCCCCUCCCUGGUGUCGCAUCAGGACCGGCUCCUUCAACUGAGAAGGGACGUUCGAAACUCCCAGAGCUGGAACGGCGUGGACGCCCGCCGCCCUCCAUUGAUCCGAGGGCUCCGAAAAAAUAGAGGUCCGGACGGUUCCAGAUGACUGGACCUCCGGGGGACAGAGGACCAAGACAGUGCGACCAACGUGUUUGUAGAGUUUCCAAACGAGAAUCCUGUUACGCUCUUGUACCUUUUUUUUCCACGUUUCCAAGAAGAUUUUUUGUAAAAGUUGAAACAUUUCUCAGAUUCCUGAGUGACAACAUGUAUUGUAUAUUACAAUGUAAUGUGAAGAUAUUGUUUUCUUACAAUGUACUUUAUUGGUGUUUUUAUUAAAACAAGACAAUGACUUUUUUAUAAA